AUGGAGGCUCCACCUGGACUUGUAGUUAAUCAAUGCAGUCCAAGUAGAAUGGUGUGCAAGCUAAACAAGUCACUAUAUGGACUGAAGCAAGCCAGUAGACAAUGGUAUGCAAAGUUAACUGAAGCAUUGUCUUCAAAGGGGUACCAACAUUCUGAAAAUGAUCACUCCCUUUUCUGCAAGAAAACUUCCACAUCCAUCAUCUUUGUAGCUGUAUAUGUUGAUGAUGUUAUCAUCACUGGAAUUGACUCAGAGGAGAUUGCAAGUUUGAAGGCCUUCUUUGAUCAAAAGUUUAGAAUAAAGGAUUUGGGCAGACUUCACUAUUUCUUGGGUCUAGAGGUCCUAUACAAACCUGAUGGUAUCCUUAUAUCUCAAAGGAACAAUGUCUCCUCACCUCUUGGUCCUACUGUCAAGCUAAAAGCACAAGAGGGUAAUCUCCUACCAGAUCCCACAUACUACAGAAAAUUAGUGGGAAAGCUCAACUUUCUCACCAAUACCAGGCUGGAUAUAGCAUAUAGGGUGCAACUCUUAAGUCAGUUUAUGCAAGCUCCAAGGGACACUCAUUUGACUACAGCAUUUCACCUCCUUAGGUAUCUCAAAAAGGAUCCUAGCUUGGGUGUAUUCUUCUCCAACAGUCCUGACUGUUCAAUCAAGGCCUAUUUUGACUCAGACUGGGCAGCUUGCCCAGACUCUAGGAGGUCUGUUACUGGGUACAUUGUUUUAGUAGGAGACAGCCCUAUUAGCUGGAAGUCCAAGAAGCUAUUUGCAGAGCUUACUGUUGCCCAACCAAGUCCUAUUCAGGUGUUUUGUGAUAGCCAAUCUGCCAUACUUAUUGCCCAUAAUCCAGUAUUUUAUGAAAGGACCAAGCACAUUGAAGUCGACUGCCAUUUUGUGAGGAACAAGCUACAAGAAGGCCUCAUCUCUCUUCAUCGUGUGAAUACUCACAAUCAGUUGGCUGAUAUUCUCACCAAAGCCCUCACAGGGGUCAAACAUUCAGCUGUCCUAGGCAAGUUGGCUGUGAAGACCUCACUUCCAACUUGA